GAGAGAGAGAGAGAGAGAGAGAGAGACGAGUGAGGAGACUGCGGCGGUCCAGUCGGCGUCGGCCGCGCCGCCCUUCAUCGAAAAGCAAAAGCAGGCGGAGGCUGAGAGGAAUCGCCGAUCCGGAUCAUGGACGCCAACUGGCGGCCCAUCCAAGGGUCGGACCCUGCCGCCGGCGGUGACCCGCCCCCACCGGAUCAGGCGAUUGGCGCGCCAAUCUGGAUCCAGCCUCAGGCGCGCACCAGGAUCGUCAAUAAGAUAUCCGAGGCUCUCAAGAGGCAUCUGCCAGUAUCUGCAGUGUCUCACCCAGAUGGACUGAACCAACUUCAACAAAUCGCUGUGCGAUUCGAACAGAGGAUCUAUGAUGCAGCAACCACCCAGUCUGAUUAUUUCCGGACGAUUUCUCUGAAAAUGCUCUCUAUGGAGACGAAGACACAACAGGAUCCUGGAAAUGAUCAAGUGAUUCCAAAUCAAAACAACUCCGCAUCUGCGGACUUUACUGCUCAAUCAGGUCAUGCAGGUGCAGGUGAUUGGCAAGAGGAUAUAUAUCAAAUGAUUCAGAGCUUGAAGGACCAAUACUUUGCAGAACUUAUUGAAUUGUUCAAUAAGAUAUCUGUGAAGCUACAUCAUGUUGACAGCAUUAUACCACCUCAAAAGCCAUCUGAACAGUAUGAUAGAAUGAAGAGCUUUAAAAUAAUGUUGGACCGUAUAUUACAAAUGCUGCAAAUGAGCAAGAGUACUAUCCAACCUGCUAUGAGGGACAAAAUUCCUCAAUACGAGAAACAGAUUAUCACUAUCUUGAAUUCACAAUGGAAGCCAGUGCAGCCACAAAUACAACAACAGCUCCAGCCACCUCCAGGUAAAGCUCCUAAUUCUAGCAUUUCACAGCAGCAACAGCCUUCCCAAAAUUUGCAGCAGCAUGAUAGUCAUACUAAUACUCAAUCAAGUUCCCCAUCCCCAUGUGUCUCCCCCUCUCCUAUGCCAGUGGAUUCAGACAAACCACACUCUUGCUAUCCUAAUAUUUGGAAAGCACAUGUAUCAUGAAAAAAUAGAAAAUAUUUGACCAUUAUUUUAUCCAGUAGUUAUAUACUUGAAGCAGUGGCUAUUUAUUUAUAUACUUAGUUUUUCUGUGGAACGGAAUGCAGUUCCUUUGACUCGGAUGUUGGCAACUGUU